AGUUUUGAAAUAUUUAGAGAUCACCUGUCAAUAUGCUUUUGAGGAUAGUUAAUAAUUCAUGGAGCACUAAUACAACUUGGUAUCUAAUUCUACAGAUAGAUUUCCACUGUGAUACCAAAUAAUGAUUUAAAAAAAGUACUAACAAAUAAGUAAGCAGCAUCCUCAAUGAGCAAAUGAAUAGAUGAAUAAUGGCUUCUAUAGAGGGGGUGCAAUCUCUCAUAUUCAACAGAAUUCAGUUAGAAUUAAAGCACUCCAUCCAAAAAUUUGUUCUAAAUUAGGUUGUGGGCAUUGACAACAACAACAACAACAACAACAAAAGAAAAUAAACAGGACCAAAUUGCUACUGGAUGACUCUAAUAAUCUUUCUCCUCUCUACAACUGAGGCCCUUUAGAUUAAAUUAGUGUUCAGCUUUACGUGCCAGGCAUGUGCAUUGCUUGUGAUCCCCAGAAGCUAUCUAAGACACUAUUGAUCUGUUUUCCCCUAUGAACCAUGAUCUAGAAAAGCAAUAAGCCUACUCAUCUAAGUCCCUCAUUGUCAAGAUAUGGUUUGCAUGGAUUGCAUGAUUUAAUCUGGUGCACUGAAACAAUAUGGCAUAAAUCUUGUCAAUUUGAUAGUCAACACAUGCAAUUGCUGCAAAAUUUUAAUGGCUCAACCAUGAAAAGUUAUAUUUCGCUUUCUAUUAGCAUUUUUUAAGUAAGUAAUUUUGGGUACUGCUACACCCAUGAAGUGAAGUAAUAGAUAAAAGCUUCAUACUUUGAACACAAAAAAUAAAUAUAGAUUAAAAAAACAAACAAGUUGCUAUGAUUGUCUUUAUAAUUACCUAAAUCUGCAAUAAUUCAAUGAGAAUUUUAUCUCACUCCCAUGUAAAGCAAUUCUAAAAGUAAAAUGUAUAUUUCCUUUCUGUCUGACCUUUCAAUUUUUUCUUCCCCCCAGACACCAAUACCUUGAUUGGUUUGAUUUCCUGCAAAUUUCCUUGUAGAUAAACAUAUUUUAUAUUGGAAAUUGUUUUACAACCCACAUGCAUACACUAAAAUAGCACGCAUCCUCUACUUGUUGGCGCCAGUGUUGAAUGGGUGUUCAUUUCCCAAGAGAUAUGCCAAUAAAUAUGAUAAGGAUGCAUUCAAAAUUAAUUGUGUCAACACUGUGAGGCAAGCAGAGUAUCAUAAAAAAUGCACUUUAGCUAAUAAGAGCAACUCACAGAUGGGGCUGAAAUACAAACAUACGUGGUUUGCAACCUUUACCAAUACAAAGAAUGGAAAAUAAAUGAUUGCAAACUGAGUAUAUGCAGAUUCAUUCUGAAGACUACCUCCUGGAAAAUUGGUCAGAAAAAGUUCACCAAUGGCUGUGACAGAUAACCUGUGCAUAUUAUGUACCAUGCAUGGUUACCAAACCACUAGAAAGGAUUACAUUAUGAUAAUACUGUGCUGACCUUAUGUUUGUAAUUCUUGGAUACUUCUACAGAAUGCAGUUGACUAUCGCAGCAAGUGUCACAAUGUGAAAGGCAAGAACAAGCUUCCUCCAUAUUCCACAGCCAAGCUGGCAGCAAUGGAGAGUUGGAAUAAGAAUUCGUCUGCGACAAGCUCUCCCAGGACACCCAGAGCCAGAAGCAGGAGUGCAUCCUAUGGGAACAUUGGAAACAGAGGGACUGUUACAGAAGCGGCGUACCAGAAUGGCGGUUGCAGCACUCCCGACCUCAAGGAUGUUGCACAAGAAUUGCAGGCUAAGGCUCUAAUCCCUCUGAAAGAAGACUUGGCACAAUGGUUGAAUAAACUAUUAGGUAUAGAUAUUGAUGCAGGAAAUUUUAUGGAUGUAUUGGAUAAUGGUGUCUUUGUGUGUCAUCUGGCACAGCAUAUUCAUACCAAAGCUGAAGCUAACAGGCAGAAUCUAAAAACCACACAGCACAUUCCAGAGAACAAGGUCCGCUUCCGCCCCAAUGCCAAACGAGGGUCAUGGUUUGCCAGGGACAACACUGCUAACUUCCUGAGCUGGUGUAGGGAGUGGGGAGUGAAACAGGAGUGUUUGUUUGAAUCAGAGGACCUUGUUUUUCACAAGCACGAAAGAUCUGUGAUACUUUGUCUAUUGGAGCUUGCUAGAAUAGCCUCCACAUAUGGAGUGGAACCUCCAAACCUGGUGAAGUUUGAGAAGGAAAUAGAAAAAGAAGAGUUAGGUAGUACAGAAUCCCUGACUGGUGGGGUGAAAAGUAUGGUGUUUGAUUCCCCAAGUUCUUCCAGAUCGUCUUCCCCUUGUACUCCCAGGAGGAGGCUUGGCUCAGGCAGGAUAGCUUCUAAGCUUCACCAGGAGGUGACCAAGUUAACCAGCCAAUGCACUUGCUCCAACUGUGGCUUCCAAAUAAACCGUAUCUCUGAGGGCAAGUACAAGAUAGGGCGUAAAAUUGUGUUUAUCAGGUUAUUGCAUGGCAAGCAUCUAAUGGUGAGAGUUGGAGGAGGAUGGGACACAUUUGAACACUUCCUGGCAAAACAUGACCCAUGUAAAGUGAUUGAGUUUGAACGUGAAACAAUAGAUGACAAGUAUUUAGUCAUACAGUCCAAAUAUAAAAGUGGGACAUAGUCAUAUACUCAGUGAACAACACAGUAUGGGGAAACACUCAAACGCCAAACAGAUAUUACAGUGGGGUUUUGAAAAUUAAUGAAUGUUGGCAUCCAGGGUUUGAAUAAGAGUACAAGUAGGUAGAUAAGUAAACAAAAAUCUGAAGAAGACAUUUACAAACCGUCUUUUAUACACUGGUUGUGUGCACAUGUUAGAAAAAAGAGAAAGUUUGGAUUGAGAAAAGAACACAUUAAUUUAUAAGACACAGUUAUAAUAUACAAGACAUUAAUGUGUCUAUGAUAUUAUGUAAAUGUAGAAUACUUGUAAACAUUGCUCAGUAUGGGUGGUGUUUAUUUCAAUGUGUAAGGUUUGGUAAAAACAUGCUCACUGCGCGAUUUUAGUGUAACAAAGUGGCUUGGUUUUUUUAUGUACAUAUUGUGAAAUUGGAUCAAAAUGCCAACUACACCAAGUUCGACUAAUGUUUUGAAUUGCUUUAAGAAAUUUAAUAACUUGUCAAUGAAUUAUACUAAAAAUAUUAAUGUAAAUUGACAAUGUUUUAAUAACUUAAAAUGAUAUUCAAAUGAUCUCAUAGUUACAUAAAUGAUAAAUUCUCUACAAAACAAACUAAGUGCAAGCUGAAACCCAGUUAUCAAGAGACAAUCAUUGUUUUUAAAGAAGAUCAUCUUCUUUUCCCUGUAUUUUUAUCUUGCACAGAUCUCAUAUUUGAAUUGCUAGUUAAAGACACCAGAAUAAGAAUGUAAAGUGCACUAUGAUCAUACCUGGAUGAAUGUACAUGUACUUAUAUACCAGUAUUAAAGAAGAUGUUGUCCUUUAUUGAUGGGUAACCAAAAUAAACAAAAUACAACAUA